ACACUUGGUACGGUCCUCUGCCCUUUCACACAUGAUGCAGCGGCAAACAUGUCUGCGAGUGAAGUGUGUAUUCAAAAUGUCUCAAUGAAGGAAUUAUAGCAAAUUCCAUUAAACAUAAAUUCUAUCGAAACGCGGAGAUUUGUAUUAUCUCACAUUUAAUGCGACACAACUGAAGAGCAAUGACGUCUAUUAUCAAGUUGACGGCCGUGUCGGGGGUUCAGGAGGAGUCAGCCCUCUGCUACCUGCUCCAGGUGGAUGAGUUCCGCUUCCUCCUGGACUGUGGCUGGGACGAGAACUUCUCAAUGGACAUCAUUGACGCAAUGAAACGAUAUGUUCACCAGGUUGACGCUGUUCUCCUCUCCCACCCUGAUCCCAUUCACCUGGGAGCUCUGCCAUAUGCUGUAGGGAAACUGGGUCUGAACUGUACUAUCUAUGCCACAAUUCCUGUUUAUAAGAUGGGUCAGAUGUUCAUGUAUGAUCUUUAUCAGUCUCGAAACAACAGUGAAGAUUUUACACUCUUCACCCUGGAUGAUGUCGACUCAGCUUUUGAUAAAAUCCAGCAACUGAAAUACUCUCAGAUUGUCAACCUGAAAGGUAAAGGCCACGGUCUGUCCAUCACGCCGCUUCCAGCUGGUCACAUGAUUGGAGGCACCAUUUGGAAAAUAGUUAAGGACGGAGAAGAGGAGGUUGUUUAUGCCGUAGACUUCAAUCACAAGCGAGAGAUACACCUAAAUGGCUGCACACUGGAGAGCAUCAGUCGUCCUUCUUUACUUAUUACAGACUCCUUCAAUGCUACAUACGUGCAGCCUCGACGCAAACAGAGAGAUGAGCAGCUGCUUACCAAUGUAAUGGAGACGCUUCGUGGUGAUGGUAAUGUCCUUAUUGCUGUGGACACAGCCGGUCGGGUGUUGGAGUUGGCUCAGCUCCUGGACCAGAUUUGGAGGACAAAAGAUGCUGGCCUGGGAGUGUACCCACUAGCCCUGCUGAACAAUGUCAGCUAUAAUGUGGUGGAGUUCUCAAAGUCCCAGGUGGAGUGGAUGAGCGAUAAGCUGAUGAGGUGUUUUGAGGACAAGCGAAACAACCCCUUCCAGUUCCGUCACUUGACUCUGUGCCACAGUCUAGCAGACCUGGCCCGGGUGCCGAGCCCCAAGGUGGUGCUAUGCAGCCAGCCGGACCUCGAAUCUGGCUUUUCCCGGGAACUUUUCAUCUACUGGUGCCAAGAUGCCAAGAACUCCAUCAUCCUCACCUACCGCACCACACCUGGAACUCUGGCACGCUAUCUCAUCGACAACCCUGGAGAGAAGACGCUGGACCUGGAGGUGAGGAAAAGAGUGAAGCUGGAAGGCAAGGAACUGGAAGAAUACCUUGAACGAGAGAAAAUAAAGAAAGAAGCAGCUAAAAAACUUGAGCAAGAAAAAGAAGUGGAUGUCGACUCCAGUGACGAGAGUGAUAUGGAUGAUGACGUGGAUCAGCCAGCUGUCGUAAAAAGCAAACACCAUGACUUGAUGAUGAAGGCGGAGGGAAGCCGCAAAGGCAGCUUCUUCAAACAAGCCAAAAAGUCCUAUCCGAUGUUCCCUGCACACGAGGAGAGGAUCAAAUGGGACGAGUACGGGGAAAUUAUCAGGCUAGAAGAGUUUCUGGUUCCUGAACUGCAGGCCACAGAGGAGGAAAAGAGCAAACUGGAAUCUGGGUUAACCAAUGGUGACGAGCCCAUGGACCAAGAUCUCUCUGUUGUUCCUACAAAAUGUAUUUCCAGUAUGGAAAACCUUGAAAUUAGAGCAAGGGUAACAUACAUAGACUACGAAGGUCGCUCUGACGGGGACUCCAUCAAGAAAAUUAUUAAUCAGAUGAAGCCCAGACAGCUGGUUAUAGUCCAUGGCCCUCCAGAAGCCAGCCUGGACCUCGCUGAGUCCUGCAAGGCUUUCAGCAAGGACAUCAAAGUGUACACACCCAAACUGCAGGAGACUGUGGAUGCCACCAGUGAGACACACAUCUACCAGGUGCGGUUGAAAGACUCGUUGGUGAGCUCUCUGCAGUUCUGCAAAGCCAAAGACACGGAGCUGGCGUGGAUCGAUGGCGUGCUGGACAUGCGCGUAAUCAAGGUGGACACUGGCGUGAUGCUCGAGGAGGGUUUAAACGAAGAGGGUGAGGACGGCGACCUGGCCAUGGACGUCGCCCCUGAGCUUGACGUGGAUCAUAACGCCACAGCAGCAGCGGCACAGCGCGCCAUGAAGAACCUGUUUGGUGAGGACGAGAAGGAGCUGUCGGAGGAGAGCGAUGUCAUUCCCACGCUGGAGCCACUUCCUACACACGAGAUUCCCGGGCAUCAGUCGGUGUUUAUCAACGAGCCUCGCCUGUCUGACUUCAAGCAAGUCCUGCUGAGAGAGGGCAUCCAGGCCGAGUUCGUAGGAGGAGUGCUGGUGUGCAACAACAUGGUGGCCGUUCGCAGGACGGAGGCCGGGCGCAUUGGCCUGGAGGGCUGCCUGUGUGAUGACUACUAUAAGAUCCGGGAGCUGCUGUAUCAGCAGUACGCCGUGGUCUAGCAGGACACGCUGCAGCACAGAGACAAUCCUUCCCCGAUGGACAAGGCUGCACCACACACGGGCUACUACCUCUGCCCCGUGGGCGACUCCAGCUGUUUCACUUCCAAGCUCGUUGUACAGUUUCCCUUUUUAUAUGAGUAUUUUUCUCCAAAUGGUGUUUUUUUAUUGUUAGUUUACCUCCACAGUGUGAGAGGCAGAGGUUUAGCCUAGAUUGACAUCACUGCGUGAACCCGCCCUCCUCCCUCUGUACAGUAACAUCCCAGUGAAGCAGAUCAUCGUCGCCUCAUAAUCCUGUCAUUAAAUGGUGUUGUUUCUUUCUU